UGUAUACUCUAAAGGCUAUGUCCACCAUUUGUGGGGAACUCAUCUCUAUGACAUCUUUAUCUUGGUAAUUUCCUGUUUGUAUUUGGACUACUCUCUUCAAUGAAUAUCAUUUUUAUCAUCCAACCAUUUUCUGGAGCAUCACGAUUCAUGUCUGUGGUUAACUCAUGAAGUUUUGCCUCCUGUGUAAUCAAGAAUGGAAACUUCUGCAAACACAGCGGAAUGUGAAAAGCUCUCUUAUGGAAAGGCAAAAGCAUCAAUAGGUACAGAAACAGAAUCUUCAUUCGGUACUAAUGAAAACACAACUGCUUCUGGGGCUGGGCUUUCUGAAAAGGCUCCUCCUACCUGUGGGCAAGUGGACACUGCAAGGAAGAGAAAAAUGGAGUCUGAAGGUGAUCUUGUAAAGGAAGGUUCUAGAUGUAGGGGAGACACGCCAUCCAAGGAAAGAACACUUGCAAAGGAAAGGUUAAGUGGUGGGGAAGAGGGCUCAUUGAAGAAAAGAAAACUCGAAGCUGAAAAUGUCCUGGGGGAAAAAGGUUCUGGUGAUGAGAAAGGCAUUUCAAGGAAAAGAAGGCUGGAACCUGGUGAUUUUCCAGAAGACGAGCCUUCUGCUGGAGCUGGCACUCAGAAAAAGAGAAAGACAGAACUUGAGGACGUUCCUGAAAAGCAGAAGAACUUGGAAGAGGGGCACAGCUCCACAGUGGCUGCCCACUAUAAUGAACUUAAGGAAGUUGGUUUGCAGAUGCGUAGCCAAAGUCGAAUAUUUUACCUAAGAAACUUCAAUAAUUGGAUGAAAAGUAUCCUCAUCGGGGAAUUUUUAGAAAAGGUGCGACAGAAGAAAAAACGCGAUAUCACUGUUUUGGACCUGGGCUGUGGUAAAGGUGGAGACUUGCUCAAGUGGAGAAAGGGAAGGAUUAACAAGCUUGUUUGUGUUGAUAUCGCUGAUGUUUCUGUCAGACAGUGUCAACAGAGAUAUGAGGACAUGAAAACUCGUUCUCGCGGUAAUGAAUAUAUUUUCAAUGCAGAAUUUAUAACUGCCGAUUGUUCAAAGGAACUUUUGAUUGACAGAUAUCGAGACCCAGAAAUGUGCUUUGACAUCUGCAGUUGCCAGUUUGUCUGUCACUACUCAUUUGAGACCUAUGAGCAGGCUGACAUGAUGCUCAGAAAUGCUUGUGAGAGACUCAGUCCUGGAGGCUAUUAUAUCGGUACCACUCCCAAUAGCUUUGAACUGAUAAGACGCCUUGAAGCUUCAGAAACGGAAUCAUUUGGAAAUGAAAUAUAUACUGUGACAUUUCAGAAGAAAGGAGAUUAUCCAUUAUUUGGCUGCAAAUAUGACUUCCACUUGGAAGGUGUUGUGGAUGUCCCUGAAUUCUUGGUCUAUUUUCCUUUGCUAAAUGAAAUGGCAAAGAAGUACAAAAUGAAACUAGUCUACAAAAAAUCGUUUCUGGAAUUCUAUGAAGAGAAGAUUAAGAACAGCGAAAAUAAAAUGCUGUUAAAACGAAUGCAAGCCCUGGAGCCAUAUCCUACACAUGAGAAUUCCAGACUUGCCUCUGAGAAGGUGGAUGACUAUGAACAUGUGGCAAAGUACAUGAAGAACACUCAAGUAAAGUUACCCUUGGGAACCUUAAGUAAAUCAGAAUGGGAAGCUACCAGUGAGUAUAUCUCUUCAGUGCAGAUUUAUUGCUAUUUUCAAAAAGUGAUCAGUAAAAUCUGAAAUGAGAAAUUUUCU